CACCUGUUUGUGGCAGUCCCCUCCACUGGUAGAGUGCAGGGGAAGGUCAUUUCCUCUUCAGGAAAACUACAGAGUGGUGUAAGCACUUAAAACACAGAAAUGUCAGGUGUUGUAAUGGGGGAGAAAUGUGUUACAGAGGACUCAAAGCGGACAGAUACAAAGGAGCAGGAAGAACACAUGUGCAGCACAGGUGAGACUCCAACUCUUCAGGAGCUUGAGGAGAUUUUACAUUCAGCUCCUCGCUCUUGUCACCAUGUAGAUGAGGUGUGGCCAAGUCUUUUUCUGGGAGACAUGUUUAUGUCUCAUGAUAAGUUUGGACUCUGGCAGCUGGGAAUUACUCAUGUGCUGAACGCUUCCCACGGGAAACUCUGCUGCAAAGGCACUGAUGAUUUCUAUGGAACCACAGUGAAGUAUUACGGCGUGCCCGCCAACGACCUGCCGACUUUUGACCUCUCACCUUUUUUCCACCCCGCUGCAGAGUUUAUUCACCUGGCUUUAUCAUCAGGAGGGAAGAUUUUUGUCCACUGUGCUGUGGGAGUGAGCCGCUCGGCUGCGCUGAUUUUGGCCUACCUGAUGAUCCAUCAUGGCUUCAGUCUUCGCUCUUCAAUUCGCUGUGUGCAACAGAAGCGUUGGAUUUUCCCUAAUAGGGGAUUUCUACGACAGCUUGUAGACCUUGAGCAAACACUGAUGUCAAAAGACAAAAUGAGCUGAAAUGAACAUUUCGUUUAUUAGUUGGUUAAAUUGGUUAUGCUUGUUUCCUGUUGUCGUUAUUGUGUAUGGAUGAGUUGGGCCAAAUACAGGCAGGAGGCAGGCAGGAUCACUGUUAUUGGAUUUUUACUAGAUGAACAAAAGGACUUACAACAAACAGCAAUAAGUAUGGAGCAAAACACCAAGGAAAACAGCAAAAAGAGGAUCUGACAAGGAGUGACUGAAUAGAGGGGCUCUAAUGCAUGAGGAGGAUGAUUAUUAGAAAGCAUAACAGGAGAGGGUAAUGACUGGGGGAGAAACAGCUGAGGGAACGAAAAGGAGCAGGUGUCUAAACAACAG